AUGAAGUACAAGACUCACUUUCAAAAUCACACCAACUGGACUAUUGCACUGGAUUGCGGCUACUUGGAUAUUUUGGAUGACUAUGACAUUGCAGAUGAUGCUUUCAUUGUCGAUGCAAAGUAUGAAGCAACAACUGGAGCUGAAGUUGCUUCCAAGCAGGUCCACUUGACGAAACAACAACAAGAUCAAUUGACAACUGCAUUGGAAAAUACACAAGAGCUUUUUGAUGGAAACCUUGGACACUACAAACAUGAGAAGAUCCAUUUGGAAGUUGAAGACGGUGCUGUACUGAUUCAUUCCAAAGCCUAUUCCGUUCCUGUGAAACACCAACACGCUUUUCUCAAGGAACUUUGGCAUUUGGAAUCCAUCAACGUACUCAAGCAAUGUGGUCCAACUGAAUGGGCCUCUCCUACAUUCAUUAUUCCAAAGAAGGAUGGAAGAGCACAAUGGAUCAGUGAUCUUUGCAAGUUGAACAAGGUUCUCAAAUGUAAAGUGUACCCUUUGCCAUUGAUUGAUGAAGUCGUCUCUUGUCGUGCUGGCUACAAAUUCUUUACCAAACUUGAUCUCACCAUGAUGUAUUAUUCUUUUGAGCUUGAUGAUGAAAGCAAGGAAUUGUGCACGAUUGUCACCCCAUAUGGAAAAUAUCAGUACCAACGAGUGGCAAUGGGAUUGAAACCAGCUCCUGAUGUUGCUCAAUACUAUAUUGAGAAGACAUUGCAUGGUUUGAAGGAACAAGGUGUUGAAGUCUACAUCAACAAUAUUGGACUCUUUUCUAACUCUUAUGAAGAACAUAUGCAAUUGAUCAAGACUUUUGUUGAAUGA